ACUGCAGCAGGGGUCAUUGCAGAUGCAUUGGACAAGAAAAAGAAUGCACGUGAAGAUGCAAAGCAGGCUUCGGUGAAGAAGGUCACGAAAGCCAAAUCGGCGCCGAAGGCGAAGGCAUCUCCCAGCGGCAAGAAGAUUAAGGCUGCUCGAAGUGUCGCCACAAGGAAGUCCUACGUGAGCUUGAAUGGCCUCGAGACACUGCUAGCAGAGCUUAGAGACAUCGGUCAUAUCCCAGAGACUUCAUCCCGAAGAACUAUCAAGAGGGCUCGGGAUUCAGAAACCAGGGGGGAGACUUCCAUGGGUGCAAUGUUCCAGUCUCUCACCGUGAACAUCCAGGACAAGGAGGGGCGAUUGAAAGAGCACGUUCUCCCCAUGGUGUACCUCCCUGCUUUGUUGGCACACUGCUUGGCUUCUUUGCAAGGUUUUCGGGAUUUUUUUGUUGGCAAGCUGCUGGAGACUCCGAGCUCCUUGCAUGCCCCGUGGAGGAUACUCCUCUACGGGGACGAAAUAACACCAGGUAAUGCAUUAAAACCAGUCAAUAGCAGAAAACUGCAUGCGAUCUAUCUCAGCUUCGCAGAGUUCGGCGACAAGGUUCAUGCUGAGCAGUACUGGUUUACCAUCCUGGUCGCCCGAAGCGACAUCGUCAACAGGAUUCCGGGUGGCCUGUCCGAGCUCUUCAAGCUCAUGCUACAGGCCAUGCAAAAGCCGCCCUUUGAUCUGAGCCAGGGCUGCAUGCUGGACCUGGGGCAAGGACAACACCACAUGUUCUUCGCAGAGACCAGUGUGCUAGUGGCAGACGAAAGCUGCUUGAAGUACGUUUGGGAUGUGAAGGGUGCCAGCGGAUCCGUGCCGUGCAUUUUCUGUGCCAAUGUCGUGGCACACAACACUCGCCUCGACACAUGGGAUGCAUCUGGCACCCUCGUGACUAUAUCUGAGUGGGAUCGACGGAAGUUCCAGCUUCGCAGCAGUAAUGCACUGUGGGAUGCACAUGAUCUUCUAGAUCGUCGAUCCUUGACUUUGAACAAAGGCGAAUUCGCCAAACUUCAGCAAUCCAUGGGAUUGAAUCACUGCCCGACAGGCCUCCUGGCAUCCAGAAUCUUGCCAGCAUGCAAGGUUACAAUGUUUGAUUGGAUGCACAUUUUCUUAGUGUCGGGUCUGAUGCAGCUGCAAGUUAACCUCACGAUGCCAUACCUUUACAGUGACUGCACCCAUGCGGAUAUCGUCAACUUCUUGGCAUCGUUUGCUUGGCCGCAUGGUCUGCGAGCACAAAGAAAGGAGGUCCUCGAAACCAUGGAGAAAAAGAUCGCAAGCGACUUCAAGUGUUCAGCCUCGCAAGGUUUGAGCCUGUAUCCACUGCUCCGGUUGUUCAUCCUUUGCAAGGCUCAGAACGGGGAAUUGUCUGCGGCAACGAUGCCAGCAGCACGAUGCUUCCUUGAUCUGUGCCGAGUGCUGGAUUUGCUGCACGAGUGCAACAAGGGCAGAGCGAUUAGGCACGAUGAGCUUGCAACGGCUUUGGAGAAGCAUGCUAAAUCUUUUCUCGCUGUCCAUGGAGCAGAAGCAUGCAUACCAAAGUUCCAUUUCGCUCUCCAUCUUCCAUGGAUGCUCCAGCAGCACAAAGUUCUAUACAGCUGCUUCUGUCACGAACGGAAGCACCGAGAGAUCAAAAUGAUAGCCAACAACAUUCACAAGGUGACACCGACCUUCGAGCGAACGAUCUUGGAAGACGUCUGGGGCCGAGCCUUCUUAGGCAUGAAAGAGCCGCAUGCCUUCGAGUUCCCAUGCUUGAACGGUCCGAAGCCGGCUGGCACCCAGCUUCUGGCAGAGAUCACUCGAGUCUUCGGGUCUGCAGAAGGUGCUCAGGCUUCCACAGUUUGCCGCUUCGAGCCGGGGCAAACCUGUGAACGUGGAGACAUCGUGCUUUGCAGCGGCGGCCACGUCGUGGAAGUAUGGCUGCAUGUGCAGCCGAAGGGCAAGCAGCUGCACUCACUGGUUGCACCAUGGAUUGCAUUGGGGCAGAAUCGCUUCCAAGUCUCGAUCGAUGCCCCAGUUUUCGUUCCGUGUGCAAGCAUCCAGAAAGCAUGCCUGCAUCGACGGCAUGCUGACAAUACGGCAUUGGUUGUGCCGUGA